AUGCCUGACGAACAUAUCGUAGUCGAAGACGACCAACCUCGACCUGCAGCUCAAGCUGUCGAGCCGACCCCAGACGAGCGUCAUUGCGAUCCCAACGCGGAUGUUGUGUUAGUCUCCAAGGAUCAAGUGCACCUUCGUGCGUAUAGUCACCACCUGAAGCAAGUCAGCAAAUUCUUUGCCGACCUGUUCACCCUUCCCUCUAAACUUGAACCUAUCAAUCUUGAUUUCGACUCUUUCGUCAUUUCGAUCUACCUCGACCUCGUCAUCGCACCUACCUACUGCUAUUCAGUCAUCAUUGACCAGCAUAACCACGACUCCGAGACUCUGAAACAGCUUCUCCAGAUAAGCGAAUACACCACGAGUGAAGAAAUUACCAAGAACGUAUGGCAAGUAAUUCGCGAGAUGGCUAUUGCAUACCCGCAAGCGCUCUUGAACUUAGCACACGAACGUCAAGAUCUCGAUUUGGCUCGGGUAGCUAUCAAAUGUAUCAAUUCGGAUUCUAUCGACUUACCUCAUCUAUGUGGUGGAAACGAAUGUGAAGGACGUUGCGCCUCUUACGAAUGGGCUGAAACUUGCAGCGAAAGAAUAAAUGACUUUCAAAGGUUCUUUAGACCAUUAGAUCCAGCAUAUCAAGAGGAAUUCUUACAAUUGAUGCUAUUAAGAAGCAAGAUCAAGGCUGAUAAUCCUAAUGUGGAAGGGAAAAAGGAAGUGAUGGAAUGGAAUGAAGAAGAUUGGACUUGGAUAGCGGAGAGAUUCGAUCCAGACAGAUCGUUGGAUGAGAAAAUCUGA